AUGGCGCCCGGCUGCAAAACCGAAUUACGCAAUAUGACAAAUACUCAGUCUACCCAACAAAGUAAUGAAGGUGAUGCUAUCAAAGUUUUUGUGCGAGUGCGUCCGCCUGCAGAGGGUCCUGCGUCAGCUGAAGGAGAGCAAAACUUAUGCUUAUCUGUGCUCUCCUCCACCACUCUCCGGCUGCACUCCAACCCUGAGCCGAAGACCUUCACAUUUGAUCAUGUUGCAGACAUGGACGUCACUCAGGAGUCUGUGUUCUCAACUGUGGCCAAAAGCAUUGUGGAAUCAUGCAUGAGCGGUUAUAAUGGUACCAUCUUUGCAUAUGGACAGACUGGCUCAGGGAAAACAUUUACUAUGAUGGGACCAUCUGAAUCUGAUAAUUUUUCUCAUAACCUCAGAGGAGUAAUCCCACGAAGUUUUGAAUAUUUGUUUUUCUUAAUUGAUCGUGAAAAAGAGAAGGCUGGAGCUGGAAAGAGUUUCCUUUGUAAGUGUUCCUUUAUUGAAAUCUACAAUGAGCAGAUAUAUGAUCUGUUGGAUUCUGCAUCAGCUGGCUUGUACUUAAGGGAACAUAUCAAGAAGGGAGUCUUUGUUGUUGGUGCAGUGGAGCAAGUGGUUACUUCAGCUGCUGAAGCCUACCAGGUAUUAUCUGGAGGAUGGAGAAAUAGACGUGUGGCAUCGACAUCAAUGAAUAGAGAAUCCUCUCGGUCUCAUGCAGUCUUUACAAUUACGAUAGAGUCAAUGGAGAAGAGCACUGAGACUGUGAACAUACGGACCUCCCUCCUCAACAUGGUAGAUCUAGCAGGCUCUGAAAGACAAAAAGAUACCCAUGCAGAAGGGAUGAGGUUGAAGGAAGCAGGUAAUAUCAACCGAUCCUUGAGCUGCCUGGGGCAAGUGAUUACUGCACUUGUUGAUGUGGGCAAUGGAAAACAGAGGCAUGUUUGUUACAGAGACUCCAGACUUACCUUCUUGUUGCGGGAUUCUCUUGGAGGUAAUGCCAAAACAGCCAUAAUUGCAAAUGUUCAUCCUGGAUCCAAGUGUUUUGGGGAAACCCUGUCAACACUUAAUUUUGCUCAAAGAGCCAAGCUGAUUAAAAACAAGGCAGUGGUAAAUGAAGACACCCAAGGAAAUGUGAGCCAACUGCAAGCUGAAGUGAAGAGGCUCAAAGAACAACUGGCCCAGCUUACUUCAGGACAGAUACUACCAGAGAGUUUUCUGACCAGAGACCAAGAGAAUACUAGUUAUGUGAAGUGUUUCUGUGAGGCAAUGUUAUUCUUUAAGAAGUCUGAACAGGAAAGAAAGGCUCUGAUAGAAAAAGUUACCCAAUUAGAAGACCUCACCAUCAAAAAGGAAAAAUUUAUUCAGUCUAAUAAAAUGAUUGUAAAAUUUCGAGAAGAUCAAAUUAUGCGUCUGGAGAAGCUCCACAAAGAAUCCCGGGGAAGUUUUCUGCCUGAGGAACAGGAUCGUUUGCUCUCAGAAUUAAGAGAUGAGAUUCACACUUUGCGAGAACAAAUAGAGCACCACCCCAGAGUUGCAAAAUAUGCGAUGGAAAAUCAUUCCCUCAGGGAGGAGAAUAGAAGACUGAGAUUAUUAGAGCCUGUGAAAAAAGCCCAAGAAAUGGAUGCCCAGACCAUUGCAAAACUAGAAAAAGCUUUCUCUGAAGUAUGUGACACAGAGAAAAACAACAAAGGUCAGCAAGGUUUCUCUCCUAAAGUUGCAAAAGAGCCAUGUUCAUUGGCAAACUCUGAGAAAUUAAAAGCACAACUCCUGCAAAUUCAGACAGAGCUGAAUAAUUCAAAGCAAGAAUAUGAAGAAUUCAAAGAACUAACAAGGAAGAAACAGCUAGAAUUGGAAUCAGAGCUUCAAUCUUUGCAGAAAGCGAACUUAAAUCUUGAAAACCUUUUGGAAGCAACCAAACUCUGCAAGAGGCAAGAAGUUUCUCAGCUGAAUAAAAUUCAUGCUGAAACACUUAAGAUUAUAACUACACCAACUAAGGCUUAUCAAAUUCGAUCUCGACCAGUUCCAAGAUUAAGCCCAGAAGUAGAGAGCUUUGUCUCUGUGCCUGCUCAAAAUUACAGCAAAUUAGAUGAUAUCUUCAAUGAGCCAAUUCCACCUGAAAUGAAUGAACAAGCUUUUGAGGCCAUCUCUGAGGAGCUUAGAAUGGUGCAGGAACAAAUGAGUUCUCUUCAAGUAAAGUUGGAUGAAAAAGAGCAUAAAAACGUAAAGCUUCAGCAGCAAAUUGACAAACUGGAGCAUCAUUCUGCACAAAUGCAAGAGCUUUUCUUAUCAGAGAGAACAGAUUGGACCAAACAUCACCAAGAGUAUCUGUCACAGUUGAAUGUCCUUGAAAAGCAACUUCGAGAUACACAAUCUAAGAAUGACUUUUUGAAAAGCGAGGUGUAUGACCUGCGAGUAGUUCUUCAUUCUGCAGAUAAAGAGUUAUCGUCAGUGAAACUGGAGUAUAGUUCAUUCAAAGAAAGUCAGGAGAAAGAACUUAAUCAACUUUCAGAAAGACACAUGCGUGUACAGCUUCAACUAGAUAAUGUCAGACUAGAAAAUGAAAAGCUCCUUGAGAGAAAAGCCUGCUUACAGGAUUCCUAUGACAACUUACAAGAAGAAAUGAAGUUUGAAGUUGAUCAACUUUCCAAAAACCUUGAAAACUGCAAAAAAGAGAAUGAAACUCUGAAAUCUGAUAUGAAAAAUUUGAUGGAACUUUUUGAGACAGAAAAAGAACGCAACAACAAAUUGUUACUGCAGUUUGAGGAAGAUAAAGAGAACAAUUCUAAGGAAAUCUUAAAAGUUAUUGAGACUGUACGUCAGGAAAAACAGAAAGAGAUGGCCAAGUGUGAGGAACAGGUGGCAAAAGUACAGAAACUAGAAGAGAGUUUGUUUGCUUCUGAAAAAGUGAUCAGUACUCUGGAGAAGUCUAGAGAUGCUGACAAGGAAGUUGUAGUAGACCUCUUGAGUCAGAUCCAGGAACUGAGAACAUCACUCUGUGAGAAAACAGAAACUAUUGACACUUUGAAGCAGGAACUGAAUGACAUUAAUUGCAAAUACAACUCUGCUUUGGCUGACAAAGAAGAGAGCAAAGUGUUGAUUAAGAGACAGGAGGUGGAGAUUCUGGAUCUGAAAGAAGCCCUCAGGCUGAGAAAACUCUCUGAGGACAUAGAGCGGGAUAUGCUCUGUGAGGACCUGGCUCAUGCCACUGAGCAGCUGAACAUGCUCACAGAGGCCUCGAAAAAGCAUUCAGGACUGCUCCAGUCUGCCCAGGAAGAGCUGACGAAGAAGGAGGCCCUGAUCCAGGAACUGCAGCACAAGCUGAAAGAAAAGAGAGAGGAGGUAGAACAGAAAAAGAAUGAAUACAACUUGAAAAUGAGGCAACUGGAACAUGUGAUGGAUUCUGCUGCUGAGUACCCCCAGAGCCCUAAAACACCACCUCACUUUCAAACACAUUUGGCAAAACUCCUGGAAACACAAGAACAAGAGAUAGAAGAUGGAAGAGCCUCUAAAAUUUCUUUGCAACACCUGGUAACAAAGCUAAACGAAGACCGAGAAGUAAAAAAUGCUGAAAUCCUCAGAAUGAAGGAGCAGUUGUGUGAGAUGGAAAACUUACGUCUUGAAGCUCAGCAGUUAAGGGAGCAAACCUGGCUCCUUCAAGGUCAGCUGGAUGGUAUUAAAAGACACAAAGACAACAGUGAUCAGAAUCAUCCAGUCAGUCCACAACUGAAGAAUGAACAAGAUGAAAUCAUCCAAGAAAGACUUGCCAAAAGCAAAAUAAUUGAAGAAAUGCUGAAAAUGAAAGCACACUUAGAAGAAGUCCAGAGUACCCUUCAGAACAAAGAGGUGGGCUGCCUUAGAAUGGCUGAGGAAGUUGAACGGACUAGAACUUUGGAGUCUAAAGCAUUCCAGGAAAAAGAACAACUGAGGUCAAAGCUGGAAGAAAUGUAUGAAGAACGGGAAAGAGCAUACCAGGAAAUGGAAAUGUUAAGGAAGCAGCUGGAAUGUCUUGCUGAGGAAAAUGGAAAGUUGGUAGGUCACCAAAACCUACAGCAGAAGAUUCAGUAUGUAGUGCGGCUGAAGAAGGAAAAUGUCAGACUUGUGGAGGAGGCAGAAAAGUUACGGGCUGAAAAUUUAUUCUUAAGAGAAAAGAAAAAGGAAUGA